AUGUGGGACUUGACGACGGCCUUAGACCAGCACAUGGCAGCUCGUCAGAAUCCGCUCGCAAACGCACCAUCAACAAGUAGUAUGGAUACGCUGAAAGCGUCGUCAACAGUGAAGCUACCGCAAACUAUACUACAGGGACUGAAUGGUCCUUCCCCUCAGGAACUAUUGCAAUUGAUUGAUGAAUGUGAAAUUUGCUGCAACAGCAUGAGCCCAACCCCGGCUUCAACACCACACUCAUCUGUAGCUCAUCUUCCUGGUCUUUAA